AUGGAAGGGCCCCCUGCGUCCGAGCCGGCCGUGUGGCCCCCGCUGCCCUGUGGGCCCUGCAUCCCCAUCAUGCUGGCGCUGGCCGCGCUGGCCGCCCUCUUCCUGCUCACCACGGCCGUGCUGGCCGAGCGCCUGUUCCGCCGCUCCCUGCGCCCGGACCCCGGCCGCCACCCGCCCACCCUGGUCUGGCGCCCGGGCGGAGAGCUGUGGAUCGAGCCCGCGGGCACCCCCCGGGAGCGCUCCGAGGACUGGUACGGCGCCGAGGUGCCCCUGCUGAUGGACCAAGCCCCGGACCCUCCCGUCCCCGUCCCCGGGGGCACCUUGGAGGCCCGGGCGACGGCCCCGCCUGCCCCUCCUCCCCCACACGCCCCUCCCACCUUCUUUGCUCCCCAGAUGCCACCCAAGGCCCCAACCCCAAGCACUUUCUGGGGGCCCCAGGCCUGGGAAGGGCGGCCCCACGCCCCAGGCCUGGUGAGCUGGGCCGAGCCUGAACAGAGGCCUGAACAGAGGCCUGAACAGAGGCCUGAACAGAGGCCUGAACAGAGGCCGGAGCCCAGCAUGAGUGUGGGGAGCCCCCCGGCCCGCAGACUGCGGCCGGGCAGCCCUGAUCCUGAGUGGGGCCUGCAGCCGCGGGUCACCCUGGAGGAGAUCUCGGCCUUCUGGAGGCGGGAGAGCCGCACCAGCGUGGGUUUCUGA